AUGGCUUCUCUCAAGCAGUUUAUUCGCAAUGUCCGAUCCGCAAAGACUAUUGCCGACGAGCGAGCCGUGAUCCAGAAGGAAAGUGCUGCCAUUCGUGCAUCAUUCAGAGAAGAAAGUCAUGAUUCAAAUAUCCGGAGGAACAAUGUGGCCAAAUUACUUUACCUCUUUACACUGGGUGAGCGGACUCACUUUGGUCAGAUCGAAUGUCUGAAGUUACUCGCUUCCCACCGGUUCGCCGAUAAGCGUUUGGGUUACCUGGGUACGAUGCUGUUACUGGAUGAGAAUCAAGAAGUUUUGACACUUGUCACCAAUUCAUUGAAGAAUGAUCUCAAUCACUCAAACCAGUAUAUCGUCGGUCUUGCGCUCUGCGCCCUUGGAAACAUCGCCUCCAUCGAAAUGUCUCGUGACCUCUUCCCCGAAGUCGAAAACCUUAUGUCCACUGCCAACCCUUAUAUUCGCCGAAAAGCCGCCAUCUGUGCCAUGCGGAUAUGUCGCAAGGUCCCUGACUUGCACGAGCACUUCCUCGAGAAGGCCAAGACGUUACUUGGAGACCGAAACCAUGGUGUCCUGCUGUGUGGCUUGACAUUCGCAACGGAUCUCUGUGAGGCAGAGGAGGAGGAAGAGGAAGGCCCGGAAGGUGUGAUUGAGAUGUUCCGACCUCUCGCCGGUGGACUCGUUCGUGCUCUAAAGGGCCUGACUACAUCGGGAUAUGCCCCGGAGCACGAUGUGUCAGGAAUCACAGAUCCGUUCCUUCAGGUGAAGAUUCUUCGAUUCUUACGAGUAUUGGCGCGUGGUGAUGCUGCCACCAGUGAAAUGAUCAACGAUAUCUUGGCCCAGGUGGCUACCAACACCGAUUCCUCCAAGAACGUGGGUAAUGCUAUCCUGUACGAGGCUGUACUCACCAUCUUGGAUAUCGAAGCCGAUUCUGGCCUGAGAGUUCUGGGUGUUAACAUUCUGGGUAAAUUCUUGUCUAACAAGGAUAACAAUAUCCGCUAUGUUGCAUUGAAUACAUUGAACAAGGUUGUAGCGAUCGAGCCCAAUGCAGUACAGAGACAUCGCAACACUAUCUUGGAAUGCUUGCGGGAUCCUGAUAUCAGCAUUCGCCGGCGAGCGCUUGAUCUCAGUUUCAUGCUGAUUAAUGAAGACAACGUGCGAGUGCUUAUUCGUGAAUUGCUCGCUUUCCUGGAAGUUGCGGACAACGAAUUCAAGCCUAGUAUGACAACACAGAUCGGCAUCGCCGCUGAUCGAUUCGCUCCAAACAAGCGCUGGCACAUGGAUACCAUCCUUCGUGUUCUCAAGCUGGCUGGGAACUACGUCAAGGAACAGAUUCUGUCGUCGUUUGUCCGUCUUAUUGCUACUACUCCAGAGUUGCAGACCUAUGCCGUUCAAAAACUUUAUUCGUCUUUGAAGGAGGACAUCUCACAAGAGGGUCUUACUUUGGCAGCAACUUGGUCUAUUGGUGAAUACGCCGAUAGUCUGCUCCAGGGUGGUCAAUUUGAGGAGGAAGAACUAGUCAAAGAAGUCCGCGAGAGCGACAUCGUCGACCUGUUCACCAACAUUCUUAACAGUACUUACGCCACUCAAACCGUCAUCGAGUAUAUCACUACUGCCAUUAUGAAAUUGACAGUGCGCAUGUCCGACCCUGCCCAGAUCGAACGCCUGCGUCUCUUCCUCACCAGCCGCACAUCCGAUUUAAGCGUCGAAAUCCAGCAACGUGCAGUUGAAUAUACCAACCUUUUCGGCUAUGAUCAAAUUCGCCGAGGUGUACUCGAGAGAAUGCCUCCACCUGAAAUCCGUGAGGAGCAGCGCGUGUUUGGCGCCCCUGCGAAGAAGCGCCAGAGCAAAGUUCUCCGCAGCAAACCCACCAAGGUCUCCAAGCCCGCCGAGCAUGACCUGCUUCUUGAUCUGGUCGGUGGCUCCGACGAACCUGUGACCAGCCCGUCAUCAGCUGGAGGAAACACCGCCGAUCUGCUGGCAGAUAUCCUUGGCGGCGACUCAGGCAUGUCAUCUCCAGCUCCCACCCAGAACCCCAUGGGCAGCAACAAUGGUCUCAUGGACAUGUUCUCCUCAAACGGUGGUUCUCCUGCCCCUCAAUCCGGUCAACAGCCUUCCUCGGCCUCAUUGGACCUUCUAGGCGGCGGAAUGGGAGCAUCGGCACCCUCACCAUCUAUAUCGCCUGCGCCUGUCUCCGCCUCGACCCCAGCCCACACAGCCUUGAACAAGAACGGUCUCGUGCUCACCCUCCAAGUUCAACGAAGCGGAAACAACGCUCAGAUCCUGGCUCGGUUCCGAAACGAUUCCAACUUCGAGCGCUUCACCAAUGUCGGUCUGCAAGCUGCUGUACCCAAGAGCCAGCGUCUGCAACUAAGCGGUAUCAGCAAAGCAGAAAUCGAGUCUGGCGAAGAAGCCACCCAAACACUACGAAUUGCAGCAGUCACCGGGUCUCUGCCACCUAAACUCCGUCUCCGUCUGCGUGUCACAUCUGCCCAAGAUACAGCAGCCCCAGUCACCGAUCAAGUAGACUGGUCCGAACCCUGA